GUGCCGGUAGGCGGGAUGUACUGAGCGGGAGCCGCAGGACCGAGUGGGGUAUCCCGUAACCGACUCGACGGAGGCGCCAUGGAGCUGGGGGCAGGCGGCGCGGCGGGGCCCGGUCAGCGGGGCGCGGUGGCGCCGGGCCGCCUGCUCCUCUUGCUGCUGGGCGGGGAUGGCGGGGGAGGGUCGGGUUGGGUGUGGCCGUGGCCCUCGGGGGGCGGCGGGGCGGGGGGGACAGGAACGGACACGGAAACCGGCCGGGAGCCGGACUACGAGGCCCUGCCCCGCGGCUCCGCCGCUUCCACCCACAUGCUCGCAGGGGCUGUGGCUGGGGUGCUGGAGCACAGCGUUAUGUACCCCGUGGACUGUGUCAAGACAAGGAUGCAAAGCCUGCAACCAGAACCUGCUGCUCGUUACCGGAAUGUGCUGGAGGCUUUGUGGCGGAUUGUGCGAACUGAAGGGAUCUGGAGACCUAUGCGAGGAUUGAACAUCACAGCUACAGGGGCUGGUCCUGCUCAUGCCUUGUAUUUCGCCUGCUACGAAAAAUUGAAAAAGACACUUACCAACCUUAUCCAUGCUGGGGGCAAUAGUCACGUGGCCAACGGCGCAGCAGGCUGUGUGGCAACAUUGCUUCAUGAUGCAGCCAUGAAUCCAGCAGAAGUGGUAAAACAAAGAAUGCAGAUGUACAAUUCUCCAUACCAACGAGUAACAGACUGUGUUCGUGCUGUGUGGUGCAAUGAAGGGGCAGGAGCUUUCUACCGAAGCUAUACCACUCAGCUGACCAUGAACAUCCCCUUUCAGGCUAUCCAUUUCAUGGCAUAUGAAUCUCUACAGGAGCACCUCAACCCCCACAGACAGUACAACCCUAGUUCCCACAUGGUGGCAGGUGCCUGUGCAGGUGCCAUUGCAGCUGCUGCCACCACACCUUUGGACGUUUGUAAAACAUUGCUGAAUACACAGGAAGCCUUGGCACUGAAUACCAACAUCAGUGGGCACAUCACAGGUAUGGCUCACGCAUUCAGGACGGUGUACCGCGUGGGCGGGCUAGCUGCCUAUUUCCGUGGGGUUCAGGCACGUGUCAUUUACCAGAUGCCCUCCACAGCUAUUGCAUGGUCUGUGUAUGAGUUCUUCAAGUACAUCUUAACAAAGCGAAAGGAGGAACGGUUGUCCGGGAAGUGAAAUGGCGUUAUCGGCUUGGCUGGUGCCAAACUCAGAUGACAAGCAAGACUUUGGAAUACUGAUGCCGCCUCUUGCCUCUGCUGCUGCAUUUUGCACAGCCCAUUGUUCUCUCAAUGGAAAGCAUACAGCAAACAGCAACUUCACCUGCUUUUAGCUUAUCCUCUUAACAAACAUGCCCCAGGUGUUGGAUACAAAUAAAGACCAGGGUGGAAUUACUGUGAGCAUAUCGGAAAUUGGGGUGAUAG